AUGAUGAUUCGACUCGAGUUACUCGUUUUAUUGAUCACCUAUUGUUCAUGCCAAUUUUGUCCAAUCGGCUAUUCGGAUUUAAGGCAAGGAACUCCAUGUACGGCGACGACUUAUUGCCAAGUGGUUGGCGGCGGCUCCUACACCUGCGUGCGCGGAUAUUGCUGCCGGUCGAAUAUCGCUCAAGAUGAUGCCAACUAUUGUCGCGCUCGGCGUUCAUCAAUCCAACGCACUUCCGACGGCGGCGUCGUCGACUGCUUCGCCCAACAAUGCCGUCAGGGCUAUCAAUGCGAGUACAGCGAGGCGCUCGCCAUCUACAUCUGUUGCAGUACGUCGCCGGGCGUUCCGCAAUUCGACGACGCGCCCGGCACCGUCCGACUCGUCCCCGGCACCGCGAGAGCCGUCCAGUGCUUCGAACCGAAUCACUGCUUAUGGGUCGACACGCCGAAUUGCGUCGAUUCCAACGAAUGGGGCUACAAAGUUUGCUGUUCAACUUUUAACUGUAAUUGA